AAAAAAAAAUUUCCUCGUUUUCUUUUCACGAUUUUCUUCUCUCUUCUCUCUCUCUCUCUUUCUCUCUUUCUCUCUUUGAUCGGCGAUUUCACCAAGGAGAGACUGAAAUCCGUUGAUUUGAGAUCCGAAAUGAGUCUCAAAUGGUGUUGUCUGAGUGUUCGUUUUGCUGUUGUCUUCAUCUCCACCAACUCCGGUUCAAAUCGGAGAGUUUGGUUUCUACUGUCGGAGAGUGGUUCACCAAAUUGUGAGAUUUGUGUUCAAAGAAGCUCCAAUAUCUUUCAAAUGAUGGUCAGGAAGGAAGAUGUGGAUUUCUAUUGUGGCUUUCAAGGAAAGAGUUUCAGAGUUUAUGCAUGAAAUAUAAUUUGCCUGCCACCCAAUAGAUCAAGUUCCGAUAUUGCUGAAUCAUUGGCUUCUUUUUCCGAGGUCUCUGGCAUGUGAUCAGCAGAGGAUGAGUGAUUCUUUUCUAUAUUGUCCAUCAAAUUUAAUGACUACUUUGUGUUUAUGAUAUCUUUGAUCAAUGCUCUCAAGUUUUAGAUUAGGUUAGACUUUAAUUUUAAUACUGCUAAGUGUGUGUUCUCUAAUGCUUCUUUCACAUCUCUGUCAUAAAUGCUUGUGUGUGAUCAAUGCUGAAGUAGUAUUGGUGUGGUUUAAGUUUUGACGCAUGAAUAUGGUUCUUAGAUGUGAUCAAUGCUUAGGGUUUCAUUGAUUGUUAACCACUUAACUUAACUUCCCUAUCUUUAUUUCUUUAUCUGAUUCAAUAUAAACAACCACCACAACCAAGAUUUAUUUAUUCUUUCUAUCUCUUUCUAUCUCUUUCUAUCUCUUUCUUCUGUCUUUCUUCUUUCUUUAUUCUUUGUGUAAUGGAUUCUUCCAAUCCAUUUACUCAAUCUUCUGGGUUCUUGGACCUGCUCAAUAGUCAACCAUGGACUGAGAAUGAACCAAGCCAAGUCCCAAUCCAAAAUGAUCAAUGGUCAAAGAGCAUUCAAGCUGAAGACACACCUGAGGGAAAAAAAGGAAAACGUAACAAUUGGUCAGCAAAGGAAGAUGUUGUGCUCAUAUCAGCCUGGUUGAACACAAGCAAAGACCCUGUGGUGGCCAAUGAGGAAAGGAAGAUGACCUUCUGGUCAAGAAUAGCAACCUACUUUGCUGCUUCUUCUGCGCUUGUUGGGAUGCCAAAGAGAGAGCCUGACCAUUGCAAGCAAAGGUGGAGGAAGAUCAAUGAUCAGGUCUGCAAGUUUGUUGGUUCCUUAGCAGCUGCAACAAGUCAGAAGUCAAGCGGACAAAAUGAAAAUGAUGUAAUGAAGCUUGCUCACCAAAUCUACUCAAAGGAUUAUGGUGUCAAGUUCACACUUGACCAUUGUUGGAGAGAGCUUCGCCAUGAUCAGAAGUGGUGUGUUGCUUCUUCACCUGUAGAGAGUGACAAGUCAAAAAGAAGAAAGGUAGGGGAUAGAGCUGAAGCUGCUGGUCACUCAUCAAGCUCACAGGCAGCUAGCCAUGGAGAUGAAGCCAUGGCUCGUCCACCAGGUGUUAAGGCGGCAAAGGCCAAAGCUAAAAAGACUAACAAAGGCGUUGAAGAAGGACCAGAUCUAGAUGCUCUAUUAAGGAUUCAGAGCAUUUGGGAGAUUAGGAAACAAGACCAUGAACUGAAGAAAGAGGACUAUGAACUGAAGAAGAAACAGAGCAAGCUCAAAAUGUUGGAGAAUCUCCUUGGAAAAAUAGAGCCACUUAGUGAAAUUGAAAUGGCUUUGAAGGACAAGCUUAUCACUGACAUGUUGUCAUAAACUUGAAUGUUGUCCUUUGUUUUCUGAAUCAGUUUUUUUUCCAGAGACUCUUAUCGAAUGGACUCAGAGAAAGAGUCAUUUUAAGAGUUGAUGGAGGCUUAAAGAGUGGUGUUGAUGUUCUAAUGGCUGCAGCUAUGGGUGCUGAUGAAUACGGAUUUGGUUACUUGGCAAUGAUUGCUACUGGUUGUGUUAUGGCUCGUAUUUGCCACACUAAUAAUUGUCCAGUGGGUGUAGCAAGUCAGGUAGACUCAUCCUGUAAAAUUUCCUUGCCUUCUUGUUCAUAUUCUCUUGAGUUUUGCUAACGUUUGUUUAAACUCUUGAGUUUUGCUAACGUUUGUUUAAACUCUUUAACGUUUGUUUAAACACCUGCCACUGGAUACCCCGAGGAAGAAUCACCUUCUGAUCUUCUUGUGCGAUAAAAUCAACUCCAGUUUUGUCAA